GGCGCUUUCACCGAGAGUCGACGCUCUGUUCGCCCGCCCUCCGCGCGACGACAGACACACGAGUCGAGCGACAUGUCGGCAAACAGCAGCGAGGCCUUUCCCACAAGCACUGCGACGCUGCCUCAGCAUGGCGGCCCCCGCGACGGCGGCGGCGGCGGUCAGGGCCCAGCAACAGUGGCCUCCACCUCCCCUACAGAGCCAAAGGCUCGCAAGGCCUGCAUCAACUGCCGCAAGCAGAAGAUGCGAUGCACUCCCAUCCACGGGAGAAACGACACCUGCCGCCGCUGUCACCGUGCGGGCCUGCCUUGUGUCUUUGUGCCAAGGGCCAAUGCGGCCACGCUGCCCGAUCUCCUGGGGCUGAGCGAGCGUGCUCAGGUCUCGGACGAGCAGUUCAAGAGAGACGUCAUUGACCGGCUCCGCGUCAUUGAAGACUGCCUAGGCCUCUCCGGCUCAAAGUCUGCCACGGCAGACAGCGACCCGAGCCACUUUGACGUCAGCCGGGUCGCGGCGGUGUCUGACAGUGAGGACGAUGACUCCUUUGGCGACCCUGCUUUUGGCCCCUUGUGGGACGCCUUGGCCGUGCUCAAGCAGUGCUGUCCAGUCAAAGCCGUGCCUUCGUCAACGUGGCGCAAGGCUUCGAUUGCCGAGCUCUGGUCCUCGUUCCACGAGCGCAUGCCCGGCCUCCACUUCAUGCCGGACAAGCAGUCCUUCACAUCUCCCGUGCCGGUCCUCCUUGCGUCGAUCCUCUACUGCUCCAGCACUCGCGGGCCGGCAGAGGUUGCAGAGAGUGGUCCUCACUACUUCACCGUGCUCUGCAACGCCAUUGCACAUCUCAGCAUCCCUGGCAGCGCUAUCGGUCAAGUCCCGGCAGACUUGGUUGCUGCGGGCGAGUGGGCGUUUCAGACGGUGCUUGGUAUCGUCCUCGCCGGCCUGCUCACAGAAGCCAACGUCCGUGAGACGGGGCUCUGGAUCUCGGUUGCAUAUCGCUUACUUCUCGAGCAUGCUCCUGCCCUCGGGGACGACUCUGCCCGGCAGUGGCGGAGGCUGUUCAGUGGCGUGCAGAUUGUCGACCUUGAGCACGCCUCGCUUCAUUUGUCGUGCCCUGUGAUUCCCAUCGAGUCACCGCUGCCAGUAUUACGGUCCUCCCAUGGCGACCAGCUGUAUCGCUUGUCGCGCAUGAUGCAUGUCGGCCUGAGCCAUUUUACCGGACGGCGCCUGCCAACCAUCUGGUCUUGCUUUACCGACAACGUGUCGACGCCCAUCAGCGACAACCUCACCAGCAGCCUCACGGCCGUCGAUGCCGCCGUCAUUCGAGACUGGGCCAGGCAGCUUGACGAGUGGCUUGUCGAGUUCACCAACGGACCUCAGGGCGCGGACCAGAACCGCAAGCUCAUCUUCCGCCAGUAUGUGCUCCACCGGCUGGUGGUUCUCUCCAUCUACCAUCCGGCCAGAGGUUGCAACUUGUGGUCUAGGAAUAUCUCGCCUGUCGAGCAACAUGAGCUGCUCCUCUCAGCACAGGCCACGCUGAAGCUGCACCUCCACGACGACUCCAUCUGGUCCAACUGGGAUCUUGUAAUGAUCACGUGGGCCGCACUCAUAGUUGUUCAGGGUAUCGAAGGUGGCGUCGGCGAAGCGGACGACCUCCACAACAUCCGGCUGCAUCUGCAGAUGCUCAAGAAAAUGACCAGGCCCAGCCCGGGUCUUUGCGACAAACUUAUCGCCCGCCUCGAGAGCAGCCUCCAGGGCGUACAGACACCACAGGGCACAACUCUGAUGCAGCAACAACAAGACGACCAAGGGGUCGGUCUCAUGAACGAAGCUUCCCUCGACUACUCUUGGCAGAUCUUCGACCAAGUCAGCCUGCAACAAUUCGAUCACAUGGUAUAAACAAUAAUUUCUAGAGACCAAAAAACCCAUUUAUUGCCCGGAACACCCAAAAAGAAAAGACCAGUAGUGACACCUAGUACAUCGAGAUCGGCAUGGUGGCAGAUCUGGCAGCCAGCCUUCCCGACCACUUGAUCCGCGAGGCCAUGUUGUCUGGCUGCAGGUCGUCAUU